GUCUCUCUGCCUCUCUCUCUCUCUUUCUCUGCUCUUGACAACAGCUGCAUUGUGUAUUGAAAGCAGCAGCUCUAGCAAGUCCUGAAUGAGGCACAGUCCAUUCCAGCUUUGCCUUUGCACCCUGCUUACUUCCUGCCGUGGUACUUUCCAUAUUCAGCUCCUAUGCUAAGCUCUUUUCAAUAUCCUUUUUUGCCUGAGCAUCAUUCAGCAUCUCCGUCUACAUUGGUGCUGCAGUACAGUUGCCUUGCUCCCAGCUUGUUCCUCUUCCCUUUACACAAAGAGGUUGCCUUGCAUGUCGCCGUCUUUUCUCCUUGAAUCUGUUCAUUCCUUUCACUAAUUCAUUGGAAUGAUGACUACUGUCGAGCCUUUGUCUACAUUAUCUCGUUGGUACCUUUAUGCUAUUCAUGGCUACUUCUGUGAAGUAAUGUUCACUGCAGCAUGGGAGUUUGUGGUUAAUUUCAAUUGGAAAUUCCCUGGUGUCACCAGUGUCUGGGCACUGUUUAUAUAUGGUACUUCCAUACUAAUACUAGAGAAGAUGUAUUUGUAUUUGAAGGACAAAUACAACAUUUUUGCUCGCUGCCUCAUAUAUACUCUAUGGACUUAUAUCUGGGAGUUCACCACAGGCUUGGUUUUGCGGCAGUUCAAUGCUUGCCCCUGGGAUUAUUCACAGUUUGACUUUGACUUCAUGGGUCUCGUUACUUUGGAAUAUGCUAUCCCCUGGUUUUGUGCAUCCCUAAUUGUUGAGCAACUUGUCAUCAGGAAUACCUUACGGCUGCGAUAUGAUGAGCGAGCUGAACCUGGCAUAGCAACUACUGCUGCAGUCUAUGCAAACGGACACAUCAAAACCAACUAAGGCCCUCCCACCAUCCCCAACCAGAAAAAAAGCAAUUUUUUUUAAAACCUAAACUAUCACCAUAGACUCGUUUUUUGAGAGACAGUGAAGCUAAGCAGUUAAAGGACAGAUCCUGUAUGUAUGCGUGUAUGCAUAUUUAUGCAUUGUUAUCCAAUUCAGAAAAUAAUAGAUUUUUACUUAGGGGUGGGUGAGUGUGUGUGCAUUUAUUUAUUUUUUAUUUUUAAAUAUAAGUGGCAAAGAUAUCAGCUUUGUUUAUUUAUAUAAAGUAAGGUUGACUCCAAAGCUAUGGCAUAACCAACAUCUCGUCAUGGGACAAUAUUACAAUAUAAUAUGUAAAAUACACUCUGUGAAUGGAAUGUGAAUGGAAUACUCAAAAUUAACUCAUGUAUUUGCUAGAUUAGCUGUACUGGUUUAAUUUAAUCCAUUCUAUAUCUAUUUGCUGAUGGCAUGUAGAGCAUAUGGGACCAGGUUUAACCCUUGCUUUUCCUAAAAGCAUUAGAAAAUUCCAUUUUCAUCAGA